GCUCUUAAAUAUGUCGGCUGAACAUGAGCCAGCAGUGUGCCCAGGUGGCCAAGAAGACCAACAGCAUCCUGGCCUGUAUGAGGAAUAGUGUGGUUAGCAGGAGUAGAGAAGUUCUGUUUGAGAUUUCAAGAAUAUUAAACACUGGCUUGGAUAUGGAGACAUUGUCUAUUUGUGUGCGACUUUGUGAACAGGGGAUAAAUCCAGAAGCAUUAUCGUCUGUUAUUAAAGAACUACGUAAGGCUACAGAAGCUCUGAAGGCCGCUGAAAAUAUGACAGGCUGACAUGGGAGAUGACUUCUGUGUGAGAAGAAUGCCAAGUUAAAAGUUAACAGAGACUUUAAAGAUUGCCACUAUUCAGAAAAAUAAGUGUGCAUGUAAAGGUUUCAGAGUAUUUCUGUAAUGUUCUGGAAAAGGAUCAUGUCUAUAAUAGCUUUGAAAAGUUUUUAAAUAGUUCACCAAUAAGCUCAUGACUUAUUAUUUUUGUGAACUAUGUGUGAAUGUAGUGCAAUUGCUCUUCUUUGGCAUCCAGUAUUUUUUAAACUAUAUGAGGUACUGCACACAUGCUGAACUUACUAGUGUGUAGCAACAAAUACUGUUACAGUGAGUAUAGUUUGUUAAUGCAUCCUUUAGAAGUGCUAAUAUAUCCUGGUUUUUAUCUUUUGCAUUGAUGAAAAACUAGAUGUACAAUUUUAGUUUUGCGUUGUGGAUCAGAUGUGAAUGAAGCCCAGCCUGAUUUUAUUUUAAUUAGAGGCUUAAGUCUCAAUCUGAAAGUAAGAAAUAAAGCACUUUUGAUAAUGUAGGUAAUGAAUUGUCUUUUUGAUUCAAAUUGCUGGAAAAGGUGUUUUUUUUAACUUGGAUAGCAAAGGAACUUCAGUUAUCCAUGCAAAAAUGUAUGUAAAUUUAAAUUCUAGAUUACAUGGAAUAUUUUACUUAAUUCAGAUGCUACAUUUUUUGCAUUUAUUCUGACUGUUAGACCUAAAAAUACAAAGACUAUAUGGUUUCUGCCUAGUCAAAGCAUGUAUGAGAAGCAUCAGAUUUGGUUGAUGGGAGUCAAUGAGUAUGAAACAGUCAUUUGGUAUAGGAUUGUCUUCUCAUUCAGCACUAGGAAUCUUCACUGAUGCCAAAACAAGUGUUUACCAUAUAUACAGUAAACUGUUUAUCAUGUUACUUUUCAGUAAAUAUCCUUGCAUCCAGGAACUCUCCUUCAUAAGAAAAUGGUUUCUUGUGUGUUCUUCAUCUGUUGCUGUUUAAGCUUUUUUAUUUUUUUGUUAGCAUGGUUUCAAGGUGUAGUGCUAAUGGGACCUAAAAUAACCUCCCAAGUUAAUAGGGUGGAGCACAUUUGGAAACAAACCUGGAAUCCUAGUUAAGCCAAAUGUUAUAUUUGUGCAGAGGGAAAAAAAGUUCUUUCUACUUUAAGAGUUUACAUUGCAUGCACUGUAGGUCAUAGCUCUAGAAAAAGUGAUCAAGGAGGCUAAAUACUUCAUAUUGCUGGUAGAGAGAAUAGAAAAAUAUUUAUAUUACACUGAAUCACUUACCAGUAUUUCCAGUUGGCCUGGCCAAAAAAACAUUCCAGGAGGAUGUUGUGAAAACUUCUGGAUAACCAGAAUAAAUAACCAGUAAGCUGGGGGACUUCUAAGUGAUACCAUUUCGCUCGCUCCUGAACCCUUAAAAUCCUUUGUAAAUUGGUGUUGUAACUUCAGAUUUUUAACUCUUGAAUACUAGAUGUAAUGUUUUUUGAAAAUAUUAAGAUACCCCCAGUAUGAAAAGAUAUCCACAAUGAAAUUUAUCCUAGGAAAUCUGAAAAUUCAGUAAAACAUUAAGAAAAGACCAGGUCAGAUCAACCCAAAUUAGCAAUUAGCUCUUUUACUUAAUUUUAUCUAGACUCAGUGCUACGUGUCAAAAAUGAGAAAAGACUGGAGAGCACUCUUGCUGUUUUCAGGAGACACAUUUAAAUCUGAGUUUUAUGUCCUUGAAAUGCUUGCAAAUGCAAUAUGAGAACAAUUUGUAUAUAAUUCUCAAUUCAUCCAAUAAGUUGCACCUAACAUUUUACCAUCAAUAAACUUGCUGGUUUUAUGCACUUAGACAUUUGUCAUACAGAAUUAUAAAAGCAGGUCAUGUUUUUGACAUUCAAAAACCUGAUUUGACGGAUAUAAAGCUAAAAAUGCAUCAUUUUCAUUAUUACAUGGAACUAAAUGGUAACAUUUAUUAUACUUAAUAGUUCAUACUUACAAAAUGAAAUGCAAACCUCAUAAGGUUGUAUAUUUAGCAUGUUUUGGCUGAAAGCAGAGAAGAGAUAUUUCUUAAAACUGGCAGAUCUAUGGUUACCUAGAAAAUCUAUCUGCUUUUCCUCAGCGUACUUGGCAAAGUUUCUUUCAAAAUACUGGAUGAAACAGAUGUGCUUAGGAAUUGGUGUAACAGAACUCCUGAUUGCUUUUGAUUUCAAAUACAAGAAAUAGGGUUUUUUUUUUCUUCUUCCUGGUAAGAAAAAAAAAAUUAAAAUAAAAUCCCUCUAGUAGGAAAUUGCACACUGGAAAUUUUUCUGUGCUGUAAAAUAAAAAUCUGCCACUUUAGUAGCAUCCCUGCUAUGUGAACAUGAGUGCUCAGGCUUGGCUUUGAUGGCUGAGAGGCCUUGACAGCAUUUUUAACGUGCCAUCUUCUGCUACCUGUAACUGUAAGAAGCCAAGCAAACAGCACGUGCUUUUCCUCUCGGCUCCUUACUUACAUGCUCUUGAAAAGAUAAACAUAGGAAUAGCUUUACAGGUCCUGACCACAGGUUUUUCUAACACAAUAGCCUCUUUUGUAGUCAAAAGCAGAUGCCUGAGGAAGGAUAAGAACAAUGCAAGCACAUUUGGUUCUUUUCCUUCUGUGUUCUCCCAGCUUCUAAGUGUCUUCUAUUCCAGGCUUUCCUGAAUAUCAUAUGGUUUGUCUAUUUAGUAAUCCCUGAUGCUGCUUUUUCCAGUACUUGUCCAGUUUCCCUUGGACUAUAUAUACUUCCUGAAUAACAACAGCUUUUAUCGAUGCUUGUUGCAUAAAGAAUUGCCAAUUCUUUUUUAUCUUAAACCUGAUUUUUACUGGCUUAAUUUCAUGUUCCCUGUGCGGGAAACCUUUACCGAUCAUGCUUGUGCCAGUCAUGAUUCUGCAGAUGUAUAACAUAUUCACCUUUAAAUUUCCUCUUUUCUGAACUGAAAUGUGUUAGCUAACGUAUUCCUUGGCUGCCUAAAGGCAUAGAAUAGCUUCUGUAUUGUCCUUUGAAACUCUUCUGGGUCUCAUUAUUUUCUGGAACCAAAACUGCACGCAGCAUUAGCUGUGUAGUUAAGUGCUGGCCUGUUUGUUUGCUUUCUCGUUCUUUAUCCCUUUCUUAGUAAUUCCUAAUACUUGAUUUGCUUCUUUUAAUUUGAACUGAGCACUUAGCUGUUUUCAUGGCAUUAUCUAUCCUAACUACAGGCUCUCACUCUUGACUGGUCAUGAUGAGCUCUGAGGCUAUUGUUUCAUAUGUGAAACUAUGGUUGUUUAUCUCCAUGUGUAUAAUUUUUUAUACAUCUAUGCUGAAUUGUGUCUGCCACUUUAUUUCCCAAUCAUCUUGUCUUUUCUGCAUUUCUACAGUUUUCCAGUAGUUUUACUAUCCAAACUACUACCCUAACUUACUGCACUGACUUUAUCAUUGGCAAACUUUGUUGCUCUGUCCCUUUUUUUGAGGUUAAUUAUGAAUAUAUCAAGCAGCACAUGGCCUGGCAAAGACUGCAGUGCCAGUGGUGAGCUAUGGCAGGAGCUGACUGUUUAUUCCCAUUCCUUUUGAGUGAUUGUGAAUAAAAUGCAGUCCUGCCAACCA